UCGCUGAAGAGUUUGUAACUUGAUUUCUGAGCUUCAUUUUCUUCUUCACUUAAAGGAAAAAAAAACAAGAACAAACAAAUCUUUUGAAACAGAAGAGAAUCUAAAGAAGAUUCAAGAAGAACCAAGAGAAAGUUUCAAGAUUUUAUUCUGCUCGAGUGACAAAACCUUAUCAACUGCCAAAACGUAUAUUCUAGGUCAGAACCUAUUGGGAUCUGUUGAAUGGGGGUAUCAUUCUCCUGUCAGUUCACCAAGCAAGAAGACGUGGAGACAGCUCUAGACUCUGUCACUGUCAAGUCCAUAAGCUUCGGUGAUGACGACGAGUGCAGAACUCCCAAGAGAUCCGUUAACUUCAGUGACAGAACUCUCGAGCCCACGAUCUUGAAAUCUCUGGGAUCUGGUGGUAAAAUGGUCGUUGAGAAGUCUGUCAGCUUCAAAGGGAUGCAACUGGAGAGAAUGAUCUCUCUCAACACGAAAGAGAACAACGGCUUUGAGUUAGACAAUGCAGAGAUUGCAAGAGAACUCUCGGUUCUUGAUCCGAGGAACCCUAAACACGAAGCUGCUAUUAAGUUACAGAAAGUUUACAAGAGUUUCCGUACAAGGAGAAAGCUGGCUGAUUGUGCAGUGCUCGUGGAGCAAAGCUGGUGGAAGCUUUUGGAUUUUGCUGAGCUGAAGAGAAGUUCUAUAUCUUUCUUUGAUAUUGAGAAACACGAAACCGCGAUUUCGAGGUGGUCUAGAGCUAGGACUAGAGCAGCUAAGGUUGGUAAAGGAUUGUCCAAGAAUGGAAAAGCACAAAAGCUUGCUCUACAACACUGGCUUGAAGCUAUUGACCCGAGGCAUCGGUAUGGACACAACCUGCACUUUUACUACAACAAGUGGCUGCACUGUCAGAGUAGAGAACCUUUCUUCUACUGGCUUGAUAUUGGCGAGGGAAAAGAAGUAAAUCUUGUGGAGAAGUGUCCUCGUUUGAAACUUCAGCAACAGUGCAUCAAGUACCUUGGUCCGAUGGAAAGGAAAGCUUAUGAGGUUGUUGUGGAAGAAGGCAAGUUCUUUUACAAGAACAGUGGAGAAAUGCUUCAGACUUCAGCUAUGGAAGAAAGUGAUUCCAAAUGGAUUUUUGUGCUGAGCACGUCGAAAGUGUUGUACGUUGGGAAGAAGAAGAAGGGUACGUUUCAACAUUCAAGCUUCUUAGCUGGAGGAGCUACAGUUGCUGCAGGGAGAUUAGUCGUUGAAGAUGGUGUUCUCAAGGCUGUUUGGCCACACAGUGGACAUUAUCAACCUACUGAAGAGAAUUUCUUGGACUUUCUCUCUUUCCUAAGAGAGAACAAUGUUGAUAUCACUGAUGUAAAGAUGAGUCCUACAGAUGAAGAUGAGUUUUCUCUUUACAAACAAAGAAGCACUCACAUGAGAAACCAUUCUUUGGAAGAGGAUUUGGAGCCUGAGAAGACCAUUAGCUUGCAAGACAAGGCUGAUCCACUAGAAGAAGAAACAACUCCAGUGAUGGCUGAAACACUGAUAAAGAUGGAGUCUAUUGAAGUAUCUGAAGACUAUGAUUCGGGUGAUGAUGAGGAGGAAGAGGAAGAGAUAUUUGACUUAGAACAAGAACCAAUGCCUUCAGAGCAGAGCUCGCCAAGAGGAGGAGAACAAGAAACCAAAGAGAUUGAAGAAGUAGUGAAGAUUCCAGAAGAAUCAAUCCUAAAAAGGAUCAAUUCAAAGAAGGAAAGUAGAUCUUUCCAACUUGGGAAACAACUAUCCUGCAAAUGGACAACAGGUGCAGGACCAAGGAUAGGUUGUGUAAGGGAUUACCCAUCAGCGCUUCAGUUUCAAGCACUGGAACAAGUCAACCUGUCUCCGAGAAGUGCUUCUGUUUCAAGACUCUGUUUCUCCUCCUUGUCUCACACGCAAACCCCUCAGAUGUCACCGUUAUGGCGAGGAUUGUCAUUACCUGCAGAUAUCAUCACCCGUUCGUAACUGAUGAAUUUUUUUUAAUUACACAUAAAGUUCUUUCGAUCUGAUCUAUUCUUUUUGUGUGAAUAGUGACGAUGAUGACUUAGAAAUUCUUUUGUAUUCUUUUUUUCUUCCCCUUUACUGUAACAGAGAAGCAUUUCAUUUGUUUAUUUCGUUUCUUGUUUAACAAGAAAUGAUAGGUUAAAAAAGUGUAAGAUUCUUUUUCAACGCUUUAUAGGUUUUUUUGUAAAAGCCUGCAAUACACAAAAGCGAUGCAAGAUUCUUCUCU